UCCCGUCUGACAGUGGCGUCUGAAUUGAGGGUCACAUUGAGCUGCUUGCUGCUUCAGGGGCGUAUUUAGGAAGUCAGCACUAUGGCAGAAGACAUCAAGACCAAAAUCAAGAACUACAAGACUGCCCCUUUUGACAGCCGCUUCCCCAAUCAGAACCAGACCAGGAACUGCUGGCAGAACUACCUGGACUAUCACCACUGCCAGAAGGCAAUGACUGAAAAAGGGGGUGAUAUCUCUGUCUGCGAGUGGUACCGGCGCGUGUACAAGUCCCUCUGCCCCAUAUCCUGGGUCACAACCUGGGACGACCGCCGAGCUGAGGGCACGUUUCCUGGCAAGAUCUGAACUGACUCCACCUGUUUCUCUGUCCUCUGUUCGUCUCCUGGUGGUAAAGGGGGACCUGGGUACAUGAUGGUCCUACCCUGGGACCCUGAAUCAUGACUUAACUCAUAAUAAAAACUGUGGAAAAGUGUAAA